AUGCAAACAGUGAAGAACAAUCUGAGUAUCAGCAAGGAACGACAAGAGAUGGACGCGAACGAGCUAGGAAAUGGUCAAGUGAUUUCAUGUCCUCGGGGCGUGCGGGGGGUGGGUCGGGAGGUAGAGCGGGGGCUAGGAGGUGGGUUGGGAUGCAAGGGAGGUAAAGGGAACAAGGGUGUCCAUCGAUUGAGAAUUGGGUCAUGGAACGUAGGUUCAUUGACAGGAAAAUUUAUAGAGCUGGCGAAGAUCCUUAAGAAGAGAAGGGUCAAUAUAGCGUGUGUCCAGGAGACAAGGUGGGCAGGGUCGAGAGCGAAGGACGCAAAUGGGUAUAAACUUUGGAACUCUGGAACCCAGAAGGGUAAGAAUGGAGUGGAUAUAUUGGUGGAUAAGGAACUUAGAGAGUAUGUUGUUGAGGUUAGACAAGUGAAUGAUAAAUUGAUGAGUAUUAAGUUGGUGGUUGGUCAGUGCACCGUAAACGUCGUUAGUGCUUAUGCGCCUCAUAUGGGUCUCGAUGAGGAGGCUAAACGACGCUUUUGGGAGGGGUUGGAUGAGAUUAUCCAUCAAGUACCACCUAAUGAGAAGUUAUUCAUAGGAGGGGAUUUCAAUGGCCAUAUUGGGUCGGACGCAGGUGUGUAUGACGAAGUGCAUAGAGGCUUUGGUUUUGGGGAAAGGAACGAAGGAGGAACCUCGUUACUGGACUUCGCUAAGGCUUUUGCGUUUUGUGGUUGCUAA